AACGAACACCACACAACGACCACCGCCCCAUCACACAAGACAGCGCAAUCCGCCUGCUGUGCUGACUGAUGCCUCAGCCACGGCGCAGACGGGCCAUGGGACGCGCAGUCAUUGCCGCCAUCAGCGUGGCUGUCGCUGUAGCCCUGCUCUUUGGUGCUCGAGUGCACUUUAGUGGUGAGAGCAGCGGUAGCGGCAGCAGUGCCAGCGACAGCAGCGGUCGAAGAGGGGAUGGUCGUGUUCAGAGGCCACCCGUGUUGUCGGACGCGUCCACAACAGUGCUUGCUUCAUCGCCAGAGGCAGAAGGGGAUGAAGGGGAGGAGGACGCCAUGGACGAGCAGGAUGCAUGGGAGAGGGGGUGGAUGGAGUAUGACCAGAAGCCGGUCGAUGUGACGCCCCUGGAGCAGCUCUUCAAAGGCGUUUGUGCCGCAGCCAGUGGUCACGAGUCACCACAACCUUCUCUAUUGAACGUUGCCGCUGAAGCCGUGGUCGCGGAACACCGCGCCGCCUUUGCGGGUGCUGCCUUGGAGUCAUCGCCAUCGCCCUCGAUGCCCUCGCCUCCUUUGUGCAACCUUCCUGAGCUUGAGGGCGUAUUCACGGGACACCAGCGAUCGAGUCCACGUGCGAUCGUGGAUGUUGUCUUCUUCUCGCACAAGCUCGAUCUGCUGCAAGCACGCCUGCUGCAGCUGCGAAACGUGGUCACCCACCACGUCGUUGUGGAGAGCGCUGUCUCCGUCUGGGGCCAGGCCAAGCCGCUGAUGUUUGAAUCAACCCUGGAUCUGAUGGAUUGGCCAAAGAACCUGAAGCACAUUACCGUGCCUUCGUGCUCGCAACACGCCAACAUGGUUAAUGCUGUGUCGAACAUGGACCCUCCACUUCACGCGGAUGAGUGGAAGGUGGAGCAAGCUUACAAGGACUGCGCUUUCAACGCUGCAAUCAAGGAGCUGGUUCGGGAGAUGCCCGACAGGGACGACGACACCCUCGUGCUGUUGAGCGAUAGCCCAACCACAUUCCCCGACCGAAUCACGUUGGAGCAGCUGCAGUGGUGUGAGCUGCGUCCCAAAUGGCGCAGGGUGGAUCUCGUUAUGGAUCGCACCAUUCUGGGUUGCCUGCAGGCAAAUGGCAUCGACACCCAAUGCUCCAUUCAGCGCUCCGCCCAGGCACACGUACCAGCCUUGUUUCUGAAAGACAUUGCUGGGCGCUUUGAUCAGACGCCAUUUGUUGACUUUGACACCCCUUCUCAACCAGCAUCGUCAACCUCUAUAUUUGGUGGAACGCAGCUGGCACGCACGGGCACGUUGCCACAGUUUGUGUUCGGCACGCUCGUCUCCGCACGGAAACAGCUACUGCGUGUACCAUCACUUCCCAAAUUGUCUUCACCCUGCAAUACCACACGGGAGCAACUGGGGAUUCAGGCGCAGGACAUUGCAUCAAACCCCCUCUGGUGGCAGAAGGCGAUUCAGGCUGCAGUUGUUCGUGCGCAAUUGUCUGCAGAUGACACGUCUGCCCCCGCACUGCCUCCCUCACCGCCGCUGCUGUCAAAACACCCACAGUCCAAGUCGCUGAGCCAGUGCGGCGUGCCUUGGCCAUUGAUGCAAAACAGGGAGCUGUUUUCUCACGCGUUUUGUCGCCCGCGCAGAAGUGCACAGCCUCUCAACGUUGCGUAG